CCCGAACAACCCCAAGUUCAACCACCUCCCGACUAUUUCCAACAACUCCUUGAUGGUUUCAACAAGGUAACCGAAGAAGUUGGCCGAUAUAGGGAAGAACAACGGGCUGGAUUUCUAAGGCUAGAAGAGCAAAGGACAGAAGAUAACCGGCGUUAUGAAGAAGACCAACGUAGGUUCUAUGGACCUAUGUACUCUUACAUGGCUCAACAAGGCCAAUUCCAUACUAUGGCUCAGCCACCCCCACCCCCCUCUUGGUAUGACCCCUCUCAAUGGGGUAACUUUGGAGGAUCUAGCUCCGGGGGUGGAGGUUAUGACGGCGGGGAUGCUCACAUGGGCGACGGGGGCUUUGGAGGAGGCUUUGGAAGCGGCUUUGGAGGCAGUUACUACGGCGGAGAAGGCGGGCACUAGGGACAGUGCUUCAACUAAGUGUGGGGGAGGAGAUUACUCAUGGAACUCAUUUGAUCUUUUGGGAGAAAGAGGAGAAGAAGAGGCAAGAAGAUGGAGCAUAGAAGAUCAUAAAACCCAAGAAAGAAUGUUGUUUGUAAAAUCAUUUUUUUUUAUUCUUGGUGAUCUUAGUUCUUUUCCUUCUUGAACUCAUAAAAUGAUCUUAAAACUAUUUGAAACAUUUUGACUUUACUCGAGGACGAGUAAAGAACUAAGUGUGGG